AUGCAAGGUGUUGAUGAAAAAACACCUCCAAAUAUUCCAUUGUUUGACAAAAAUAAAUAUCGAUACCCAAUUUCUAAACAAUUUUCAAAUGAAGUUCCUACACCAAUAUUACACUCUUUAACAGUUCAUACUAAAAAAAGAUCACUACUAAAAUCUAAUAUUCAUAUUAGUAAAAAUAUGACUUUUCAGAAUUUGCUUAAUUACGUUUUUCCUAAUGGCUCUCCAAGUGUUAUAAGUCACAUAUUUAAAGAAGCACAUAGUCAUAUUUGGAUAGAUCUUGAGGAUAUUGAAGUAAAAUUUGAUGAUUUAUUCGAUUAA